AUUUUGACCGAAAAGAAAGAAAACAAUUAGAGCAGGCAAAGAAACAGUGAAGAAGAAACGUUGCACUUUCCUCUCUUAUUAUUGUCCUCUCUGUUCAUCUCCAGUUUUCCUAUGCAACAAAAUAUUUGUUCACACUCACACCAGUAGUAGUACCACACCACUGCAAAACCAACCAACAUUCUCAUUUACCAAACUCACAGCAACCGCAACUCCUCCCUUCCUCCACCUCCCAAAACAAAGAGAAAUGACGGAGUUGGCAUUUUCCGUUGCAGAGAAAGUUAUCGAGAAGCUAGGCUCCCUUGCUUACCAAGAGAUUUCCUUGACAUGGAGCAUUGAAAGCGAUCUGAAAAAGCUUCAGGAUACCAUGUCCACCGUCCAAGCCGUGCUGCUGGAUGCUGAGGAGAAGCAAGCAACAAACCACCAGCUGAGCGUUUGGCUGGAGCGACUCAAAGUUGUCUUUCAUGAUGCCAUGGAUGUGCUGGAUGAAUUCGAGUGUGAAGAUCUACGGAGGCAAGUGGUGAAAAAAUAUGGAAGCACUGGCAGUGGCAGUGGCAGUGGCAGAAAGGUAUGCUGUUUCUUUUCAUCUUCGAACUCGCUUGCCUUCCGUAAUAAAAUGGGUCAUAGAGUCAAGGGGAUCAGAAAGAGGCUAGAUUUGAUAGCAAAUGAUAGAGAUCAAUUUCAUCUUGAGAUGCGACUCGAUGAUAAUCGUAUUGUGCACAGGGAGACCCACUCCUUUGUUCGUGAUCGUGAUGUUAUUGGGAGGGCUGAUGACAAGCAAAAGAUCAUAGAUCUUUUGAUGCUCCCAAAUGAUAAUGAUAACAUUUCUGUGAUUUCUGUCGUGGGAAUCGGAGGUCUGGGCAAGACUACACUUGCUCAGUGGGUGUAUAAUGAUGUAAGGGUAGCUAAUAGCUUUGACCCCAGAAUAUGGGUGUGUGUAUCAGAAAAUUUUGACGUUUUAAAAUUGGCAAAAGAAUUGCUUAAAUUGGCAGGUGGUGAGAUUAGUGAAAGCAUGAGUCUGAAUGAAGUGCAAGCUAGAUUACGAAGAAUUUUAAAUGAAAAAAGAUUCUUUAUCGUUUUGGAUGAUGUUUGGAACGAGGAUCGUAACAAAUGGAUUGACCUUAAGAAUUUGUUAAUAGGAGCACAAGGAAGUAAAAUUCUUGUCACUACACGUAGCCACAAAGUUGCCUUAGCGAUGGCUCCUGGACCAAUCCAUGACAUAGGAGGUCUUCCAGACGAGGAUUGUUUGUCCUUGUUCAAAAGAUGCGCAUUCAUUGAAGGGGAGCAUGAACAGUAUCCAAAACUAGUAGAGAUUGGAAAACAAAUAGUGGAAAAAUGCAAAGGCGUUCCUUUGGCUGUGAAGACUUUAGGGAGCUUACUUUAUUCUAAAACCGAGGUGCGUGAUUGGAUCUCUAUAAGGGAUAAUGAGAUAUGGAAACUGGAGCAAAAGGAAAAUGACAUUUUACCGGCAUUAAGACUGAGUUACAAUAAAUUGCCAUCGUACUUGAAACAAUGUUUUGCUUAUUGCUCAUUGUAUCCAAAGGAUUUUAGAUAUCGUAAUCAGGAUUUAAUUCAGUGCUGGAUGGCAAAUGGGCUCCUCAAAAAGUCCAACGAAAGUACUGAAGAGAUGGAAGAUAUUGGAGAACAAUAUUUAAAAGAGUUGUUAUCAAGAUCUUUCUUUCAAGAAGUUGAAAUCUAUGACACUAUUCGGUGGUCAUUUAAAAUGCAUGAUCUGUUACAUGAUCUUUCAUUAUAUGUUGCACAAAAUGAUUAUUGCUUAAUUGAAGACACUAAUAACACCAACAAGUUUGAAAAGGCUAGACACGUUUCAAUUUUGGACCGUGAAUGUGGUGUUGAUGCAACAGUAACUUUUUUACACAAGUUGAGUAACAACAUGCGGACUAUUAAUUUCUCAACUGAUGAUCGGGGCCAAAUUGAUUCUAUUAAUAUUAAUGAAUCUUUGGUGGAAACAUGCAUCUCAAGGUUUAAGCACCUGCGCUUGCUAAAUUUAAGUAAUUCAACGUUGGAAACGAUGUCAAGCUCCAUUAGUACUUUGAAGCAUUUGAGAUAUCUCAACUUAUGUGGAAAUAAGAUAAUAAAGAAAUUGCCUGACUCCAUUUGCGAUCUACAAAAUUUGGAAACUUUGAUAUUACGGGCCUGUACAGCUCUGGAAGAGUUGCCAAGGGAUAUAAGAAAGAUGGUUAGCCUCAGAUAUUUUGUGAUAACCACAAAACAAACGCGUUUACCUGCCAACGGAGUAGAGUGCAUGUCUUCGCUUCGAUAUUUGUCCUUUUACAACUGUCAUAGACUAGAGUGUUUUAAUGAAGGAAUCCAACGCCUCACCACCCUUCGCUGCUUGAGCUUCGAAUUUUGUGAAAGCCUGAUAUCUUUGCCGCAAGGUAUGAAACACCUAACCGCGUUGGAAUAUCUGGAUAUUACAUAUUGUGAAGAACUUAACUUAAUGGAAAGGGAUGACUACCCGACAAGUCUUCAAACACUCCAUAUUGGGGGAUUACCACAAUUAGUGAGUUUGCCCCAAGGGCUUAAAGGAUCUGCCGACACUCUACAAUUUUUAUCUAUUUUUGAUUGUAAGUACUUGGGGGUAUUGCCAGAGUGGCUUCCCGAUCUUAGUUCUCUUCGAAAGCUUGAGAUUUGGAGAUGCCAAAAAUUAUCGUCUCUGCCAGAAGGGAUGGAUCGCCUCACUGCCCUAAGAGAACUGGAGAUUGUUCGUUGUCCUGAGUUAAGGAGAGAUUAUGAGCGAGAGGUCGGCAAAGAUUGGGGCAAGAUGGUCAAAUUCAGUUUUGAUGAUCUUGGAAGAUUGUUCUCUCAGAAAAGGAUGUUCCUUGUGCUUAAAAUUGCCACUGCUUAUCAAUUCAGCCAUAACAUGCAGCACAGAAAGUCUCAGCCUUCUCUUGUAUUGUAAAUAAUUUUAAUAAUAUUGUGGUGUGCAUUUAGUGUUUGUAAUGAUUAAUGGAGUGAUGUGUGUUUAUUUUAUGAUUUCAAUUGUAAUUCAUGUAUUAUCUAAUUUGCACAAUGUUUUAGUAACUUGAGUCAUGUGUGUGUUAUUGAUUGUUUGUCUCUGCUUCUUGGUUAUUGGAGUUAUUCAAAUGAAAUUAUUUGUUGUGCUUUAUCAUUUAAUUGAAAAAAAAUUGAAGUUUGAAAUUAUUUUCAUGUGAUGUAAAAUAACUAAUAGCAUUAGAAUAUUUGGUAAGCCAACAAUGUGAAAAUUGUAAUUUUAUGGAAGUGGAAUACUACCUAGAAGUUUGCUUUAGCCAUCAAUUGUUGGUUCCAAAUGUCAAUCUGUUUUGAAAAUUUGGUAUUUUAAACACCCAAAGUUCUCAUAUCUACUGAGUGGCCUUAAUGCCCAAAGAGGACUAAAGACUGAAGAUUGUUCUAAAUCAAGAUGACAAUGCCAAGGAGAUAUUGGUGAGUAUUGUGUAUAAGUUGCUUGUAAAUUUGGCCUCCAUUGUUUGCUGAGUUUCACACAAUUUUGACUAUAAUUGAUGCCUCUUGUUUUUGAAGUUUUGUCAGGUUUUCGUGGAAGAUUCUUCUAAGGAAAAGGGAUUCCUUUAGCUUAAAAUUUCUUUUCCAGGUCAUACAUGGCUCUCUCAAAACUUGCUGUUGAUUUUGGUAGAGAAUCUAUGUUGUCAUUGCAAUGGUUUUUUAGCUCACGACAUGCACUUGUGAUAUCUACUAACUCAUGAAAACUUGCUAUAGCUCUGAGAUUUGGAGGAUUACCAAAGGUUAGUCUGGAGUCAUUAUAGCUUUGGUAAAAGGUUUACUCUGCACUGUACAGGGUAGAAUCUAUGAACUUUAUGGGCGAGAGGCAUCUGGAAAAACAACACUUAGCCCUUCACGUCAUCAAGGAAGUUCAAAUCAAAAGUUCUGAGAAUGCAGGAUCAAGCCAUAUCACAUUGUUUGAUGUUGCUUUGUCAUGGAAAGGAGCUCCUACUAUCUUUUAGUUCUUGCUGUAGUUGCCCUUCUCCUCCAAUGUGAACUUAGAUCAUAUGAUAGGUGGCACCUUCCAAGAUGUAAAUCAUGAAUAAUAACACAAGAACUUACAAGAACUCAUUCCUCAUUCUACCAAUCUCAUUCAUAAAUUUUCUUCACUAGGUUGAAGACAAUAUAUCUAGUCAUUUUUAACCUCCUUGUUUAUAUGUUAUAAGCUGUAUUUUAUCAGUUGUAGCAUAGAAGAAAUCCAUUUACCUGCCCAUAUUACCUUUUAUUUCCAGGUCCAAUCACGUCCAAAAUCAUGGCAACGUUUUGGACAUAUGGAUGAGGUCACUUGUGGUGAGAAUGCCUUGAAAUUCUAUGCAGUUGUAUGACUGAGGAUGAUAAGAACAUGACUACUCCAGAUUGAGGAUAAGGUCAACCUUCUGUCACUUUUGAUAAUAAGGAGCAUUAAUAAGCUUACAAGGUUCUUAGAGAAAUAUUAUUUUUUAAAAGUCAUGCUACCAGUCACUUUAGGAGUAAACAUUUAACUUUUUGAAUAAUUGUUCGCCUCACUUCUACCUCACCUUUUCAUGGAGAUAGUUCUAUGUGCAUUGUUUUCUAUUAGUUGUACUCUCAUUGCGUGUAUAAGAAAAUUUGAGAAAACUUCAUAGCUGAGUAUCUACAACUUAAAAUAAUGAACCAAAUUUUUGGUUGCUACCCUCUUUCCUAUUGAUCUUUCUUGAGAAAGUUACAGUUUCAAUCAUAAAGGGCCAUAUUUCUAUUAGAUUAGUGGUAUCCUUGAAAUAUAUAGUCUCAUUUAUAUCUAUACAGACUUUAUAUUUUGUCAUAUAAUGAGAAGGGCAUCCACUUUUCUUGGUGGAUUUGUGCAUAUGGGGUUUCAGGUGCAUGGUGUCACUUUGAGAUUGAUGGUAUCAAUGUCUCAAUUUUCUUUGGUCUUCUUAACAACAUGAAAAUAGAUCAUAAACUGAGUGGCAAGAUUAAGACAAAAGGUAGCUAAGGAAAAAAAAAAAGAUUCAUGUAGCAAUUGGAGCAUAAAUAUAAAUGAGACAUUCCAUAGCUAGCAGCUCACACAAACUGACAGUGCCAAUAUAGCCAAGUAUUUGGGUAACUGCUCUUGGGGUAUGCAUGCAAGUUGGUUGAAAAAUAAUCUUACACAUUCAAUAAAAAGGUUGAAUGGAGGGAUACAAUUAGGCGGAGGCUUUGGCUGCAACUCUGAGGUCUUGGAUUUGGCUUGUUAACAUGGAGUCAUCAUCAAAUAAGAAAGAAACUACCUCUUAUAUCCAAUGACAAACAUGAAGUCAAAUGGUAUAUGUUUGAAAAUGAUAGAAUCCUUGAUAAGUUAGUCAUGAUCUUAAGAAGGAAGUUGUUUGAUAGAGAGAGAAUCAUAUUAGAUUCUUGAAUGGUUGAGUUAUAAUCAAAUAUGUUAGAUGUAAAAUUACCUAGCUACUUUACAACACCUAAAGUGAGCUGAAGGAUCUUUGAACUUGAGAUUUCAAAAGUGUCUUUCUCUUCAUGCAUUGCUCCUAAUAUGAAUUAACCAAUUGACAACUGUAACAUUUAAAGUUGUUUCAAUUGAAAAA